GAAGAGUGAGAACCAAGUAGUUAUUGUAAAACCGCGAGACGGUUAAGACGCAUUUCACUAUGUCGGCCACACUCCAAACAAGUUUAAAAGAGAAAAUCUGCGAGUCGGUGGAAAUUCCAAUCCUCACAAGAUGCUGCUUCUGUUUUCCACUACGAAAGGGCCUGAUAACCUUUGCAUAUUUCAACACAAUCCUGUCGAUAUUAGACGUAGCAUUGCUAUCAUACAUAGCGGUCAAUCGUUCAUCAGAUCUGACAGGCGAAUCGGAAUACCCUCGACUCAUUGGUGACACCACAUUUUUGGUGCUGGAGAUCAUCAUGUGUGUCAUGUUCAUCGCUGCAUUACAUAUGAAACAUGUGCUAUUCAUGAAAGUGUACCUCUACUUCGAGAUUGUGUUCUCCAUCGUCGGCUUUAUCUAUAGUCUGGUCUUCCUGGGUGAGGAGACGGCCAGCGAGCUCUUCCUAAUAUUAUUCCAACUAACGCUACAAAUCUACUUGGUGAUUCUCAUAUGGAGUUCAAUAGUGAAGAUGGAGCGAGACGAUUCCGUAAAGUACACACGAGAAAGAGAUAAUGUCUAACCUUUAAAUGUCGUAAGUUAAUUCGACGUAAGUUCAGAACGUAUUAGGGUAAAAUUGUUAUUCCUCAUUUAUAUUACAACAUAGCUAACAAAAUCUAUCUUCAACUGAAAUAUCUGUAUUUUAAAAUGUUAAAAAUAAUUUCUAAUACAAGUUACCAGUAGCUAAAUGUUGUAUAUGCACUACUAGUGAAAUGGCAUAUUUAUGACAUAUCACAGAAUAAAGGAAUUUAAAGUCUAUGGAAUAAAAAAUAGUUAUGGCCAUAGAUGAUUGCUUUUACUUUUUAUAUACUAAAGGACAGUGAAAACUUUUUUCACUUUUAUUUGUAUUCUGGCCAGGUUACGCCACAAUACUAGAAUAAUACGGGAUUUGUGUUUUAAGAAUCUAUUUUAUAGAUUUUGCAUGUGUUCCAUGAUCAAGAUUCUAAAAACUAAUAUUAAAUAUAGAAUAAACAUUUAUUUUCAUAUGCCAAUAUGGUAUCCUUGUAAAAUGUUUUAUUUAAACAACAUUUUUUAGUAAAUACAGGAACAUUAAUUGUUAUCUAAAAUUAA